AUGGAGCUGCAAGACGCUGAAGCAGACGUUGUUCACCCCGAAGUUCGAGCGCAUAUCAACAGUCUCGUCUCUGCGCUCGGCGGUGCUAGCACGGAUGACGAUGGCCAAUAUCAACUCGGCGACGAUGCACUCGAAGUUCUGCGCGAUCUGAAGCGCUGGCUUCGCUUUUACGACGAGAAGACGAACCGCAUGGACGUGGCGCGAUGCAUUCACCAGGCGAAUCUCAUCGAGGGCGAUAUCCUGCCAAUUCUAAAGAUGUGGCCGGAAAACGAAGCGAACAACAGCAAAUUCCGGUCGCGAAUAGCUCUGGCCUGCUUCGAGCUUAUGGUGCCGCUGACCUGGCCGAUGGACUGGGAUAAGGAACGCAUGACUGUGAACCAUCACAGGCAUAUUCCUGUCCUGGAGCUGGCGCAGGUGCAAUACAAGCGAGCCAUCAUCAACUUUGACAGUGCUCGAAUUCUUCAUGCUGCUGUCAGGGUAGCGCUGCCAGCCCUGGCCCUUCCCAUGGGCGACAGAACCACACGGGACCAAGGCAUCAUCAAGCUCGCUUUGUUCUUCUUGCGCAACAUGGCGUCGAUUGCCCCGCCGCCCAACGUCAAGUACGAAGGAGACGAGUCCCAGAUCUCCCGUUCGGCCACGAUUGAUGCUUUUUCGUACCAGGAUGUAUUCCACCUUCUGCUCACCUUGGCAUCAAACAUGGGCGGAGACUUCAGAACCGAGGACACAACUGUCAUGGAGAUUAUAUUUCACCUGGUCAAGAGAGUCGAUGCUGAGAAGCUCUUCAUGAAUGAAGGCCAAUUUCACAAGGCCAAGGCCGGCGAACUGUCCGCAAUGAUGAAGAAGGAGUCAGCAAUGCUGAGGUCGCAUAAUCUCAAAGGCCCUACCAGGCAUAAUAGAUUCGGCACCAUGAUAUGGGUCAAGCGUGAUGGCAACAAAAUGUCGGCCUUGUCUGGUCAGGAUGCGCUCGCCGACGCCACCAUUCGAAACCAAAAGAUGGACGACAACAAGACCUUUAAACCGCCUCGUAGGGCUAGGAAAGAGAACAAGGAUGACAGGGAACUUGGUCCUCCGGCCAAGCUGAAUGCUCGUGCCAAUGACCAGCUACGCAAGUUUGUGCAGGAUUUCUUGGACUCUGGCUUCAACCCUCUGUUCCAACACACUCGCAAGACCAUCGAUCGAGAGGCACCGCACCUGCUAGCAUAUCACCGGCGGCAGUUUUUCUAUCUAGUGGCUUGGUUUCUCGAAGCAGAGCGCAUCCGACGAAAGGCCAAGAUGCCGGCACCUCAGCCCUCCGACAAGGACGUCAACAGCUUCCACCUGGUUGCAGGAGUUUUGAAUCAGGAAAUGUUCGUCACCCUGACCCGUGCGCUCCACGAGUCGUACGAUAUGAAGGAUUGGGCCGAACUGACGUCGGUGAUGCGAUGUUUGACACAGAUCCUUCUGACUGUGCAGGAGAUGGCUGCCUCUGGAAACGAAGAUGACCAAGAAAUCGCCGAAAACGCGCUGAGCCGACUCUUCUACGAGGAGACCACGCACGACAUCGUUGCCAACAUCAUCCGGACUUACAAUGGCCAAGGCUUCGACUAUUUGGAUGCUGCGACCGAGCUUGUCCAUCACUUCCUUCGUAUCCUAGAGCUGUAUUCAAAUCGGAAUGCGGACAUGCAAGUCCGCUCGAGGAAGAGAAGCAAGAAGAGGCACGCGCCUGACGCCGGAAGCGGUGGGGAGGAGCAGGACGACGCUGACGUGGACAAUUCUGCCGCCGAAGAGGAAGCUGCGGAGCGGAUUUCCAAGGAGCGGAAGUUUGACUUUCACAGAUUUUGCUCCCGUUUCACGCCCCAGGGUGUCGUGGACUCUUUCACGAGGUUUACCAAGCACUAUCGAGACUUGACGGAUUCGCAGCUCAAGCGCGCCCAUCGUUACUUUUACCGGCUGGCUUUCAAGCAGCAGAUGAGCGUGAUGCUGUUUCGAGUCGACAUCAUCCACCUGCUGUACAACAUGAUCCAGGGGCCAGAUCAUCUCGACAAGUCCGCCAGCAUGUACAGGGAUUGGGAGGAGCUCGUGAAGCAGAUUCUGCGAAAAUGCUGCAAAAAGCUGCAAGAGCGUCCCGAGCUCAUAAUCGAACUCCUCUUCAGCAAAAUGCAGGGCACCGCAUUCUUCCUGGAAUACGGAUACGAGAAGCAGACUGUGAGCAAGAGCCAGCCCAAACCCGGGGCCGAGCUGGAGUUUAAGCACACGGAGGAGCGUGACGAGCAAAUUGCGAUUGCUGUGGGCGCCUUGUUGGACAAGAAUGCCGGCGCUCAUAUUGACUGGGUGAGGAAAACGUUGUCUGAUGCAGAAUAUGAACGCAGUGCCUGGUUGGCAGCCGAAAACGCCAGGCACGAUGCCCCAGAGCUAUUUGGCGAUGAGCCAAGAGUGGACGGGGAGCCCAAGACCCAUCCGGUAUUUUCUGUCCGGCCGGACAAUGCCGAACGACAAACUGCCAUUUUCAAAAACUCGUAUCUCCGACUCCUGAUGAAGCUCGCUGGCAUGCGUCUGAUGGGACCUGCAUCCGAAGAGACUCCAGAGAGCGCUUGGAUUAUCCCAGAGGACGUCUCCCCUGCCCAGCUCAAAGACACCAUCCACUUCAUCAAUCAAGCCGAGUUCAGCCCGCCCACAUUCGAGAACGGGCUGCUCGCCGAGAACCAGCUGAAGCGCAAGACGGCCCCGAGAAUCAAAGCCGCCUUUGACGACGACCAGGACGACGACGCCGACGGGUUCCUCGACGACGACGCCCUCUUCCCCGCUGGCGGACCUACGGCGCGCAGACUCGCCGACGGCAGGAAACCGCCCAACAGGUCGCGCAAGCGGCGCAAGGGCAACGACGCAGAAGACGCGGACACGGACGACGCGGCGCUCCUCAACGACAGGGCCGAGAAGCGGCAGCUCAAAGAACUGGAGAAGGCGCGCCGCAUCAAAUCCGCCCUGUACGUCCGCGACGGCGACGACGAGUUCGACUCGGACGAGGACGAGGCGUUCUUUGCUCGGGAGCGCGAAAUAGCCGCCCGGGCCAAAAGAGCAGCCGAGACGUCUUUCGCGCAGCCUCUCGUGGGAUCUAGGAACGGAAAAUCCAGCGCCUUGCUCGACGAGAGCGACGCCGACGACGCUGACGGCAUGAAUGCGGAUGGAAGGGGAGGGAUGGGCAGCAGUCGGGAAGAAGAUGCGGACGAUGACGAAGCUGACGUCGAGCCAGUGGAUUCGGGCGGCGGCGGGUCCAGGAAGAGAAGGAGGACGAGCAUGGAAGAUGAUGAAGGUGACGAUGCAGAUGUGGACAUGGAUGCACGCGGGCCCCGGACAACCAAGGCAGGCGAAACAGAAGCUGUGGUAGCGAGACGGCCCCGAGUCAGGGGCGGAUUUGUUCUAGAUAGUGACGAGGAGUAG